CCAGCAACAAGGACGCUUUAUCCUCAUAGCGCUGUACGAAGAAACAGCACAAGUCGAUCCCUUCUCUCUCUACUCUCUCUCAUCCCUCAAUCAUUGAGAACCCAGCCAUGCCAGGUCCCGUUGUUGAAGAAGAGGAGGCCCAGAAGAAGCUUGAGAACGACGAGCCAGUGAUUGAGGACGUGAAGGAGGACGAUGACCAUGACGAUGACGCUGAUGAUGUCGAUUCUGAUGAUGAAGACGAUGACAAGGAUGAUGGUGCCCCAGGUGCAAAUGGGAGUUCCAAGCAGAGCAGGAGUGAGAAAAAGAGUCGCAAGGCGAUGUUGAAGUUGGGCAUGAAACCUGUUACAGGUGUUAGUAGGGUUACCAUUAAGAGAACAAAAAAUAUAUUAUUUUUCAUCUCAAAACCCGACGUCUUCAAAAGCCCAAAUUCGGAGACCUAUGUCAUAUUUGGAGAGGCAAAGAUAGAGGAUUUGAGCUCUCAGCUGCAGACACAGGCUGCCCAACAAUUCAGGAUGCCGGAUAUGGGGUCUGUGAUGGCGAAGUCAGAUAUUUCUGCAGCAGCUGCCGGAGCCCAGGUGGAUGAGGAAGAUGAGGAAAUUGAUGAGACUGGAGUGGAGCCUCGGGACAUCGAUUUGGUGAUGACACAGGCAGGAGUUUCGAAGGGCAAGGCUGUCAAGGCUCUCAAGACUCACAAUGGAGACAUAGUUAGUGCCAUCAUGGAGCUCACCACUUAGGUAGUUUGAGUCAUCUAUUUUGAAUGUUGCUGUCUGAUGAGAAGUUACCAUUUUAUAUUUUCUUUGUUACAUUGCCCGCACCUUCUACCGGGUAGCUACAUUAUGCUCCUCAUUUUACUGCACUUAUUUAUAAGUCUGGUAACAAAGAAGUUUUUAUUUUAAA